AAGUCAGCUGUCAACGUCAACGAAUUUUAAGGCGAUAAAUGUUCCGUGAAAUGAAAACAUCAAGAAAACAAGAAGUCAAAAAAUUCAAAUAUCUUUUUUAUCUCAUAGAUUUCAAACUAAUAAGGUGUGCUAUAACAGUUUUUUAAACAUAAUUAAAUGGUUUCUGGAGAAAUAAAAUGGAGCAAGUUCGACUUUUAGUGCAAGAACAAGGACGUGAAGCCCGUAAUUUACUGGCCUUCAACAUUUCAAUGGAAAACGAAAAUUACAGGGGUCAAGUGUCCAGAAAACCGCCUUGCUCUCCCAGAGCUUUGGAGACUGCACAAGACACAACACCUAGUAAUAUACGCUCAAGAGCUAGAGCUAGGGUGAGGUCGGCCUCUACAGGUAGAGACAAAAGAUCAGAGCUUAGAGCUAGGUAUUGGGCAUUGUUGUUUGGCAACCUUCAAAGAUCUAUAACAGAAAUUUAUAACACAGUAGAAACACACGAGAGCAUCACAGAAUGCCAGGAAGUCUUAUUGGUGCUUGAAAACUACCUACGCGACUUCAAUGCUUUGGCAGACUGGUUUCGUUUAAAAUGGGACUAUGAGAACACUCCUCUUUUCCAAAGACCAACCUCUUUAGCUUGGGAUAUUUGCAAAACUAAUCUGACCAAUCUGAAAUCAAACAGAUCUGGAAAGUCCAGCCCUGUAUUUGGGUCUGGUAGAACCAGUCCCAGUAUUUCUGGUAAAAUGAGUCCUAGGAUCUUACAGGGCAGAAGCAUGCCCAAUUCAUGUCCUACAAGUCCGCUACCAGGUAUAGACCAACCAAUUUUAGAAGGAAAACCUUUAGAGAACAUUUCCGCUACUGCAAAAGGUCAGAACUUGUGCAGUAGUUGUGGAAAGAAAAAUGAGACAAGUGUGACAGAGAAUUCACACAACACAACAAAAAGAGAGGACCAAACUGAAUAUACAUUGUUAUCAGCUGAUGAAACUGAAAAUACAAUUAUGCCAGAUACCUCUAUAAAUGCACAAGAAAUCGAAAUUUCAACAUCAAAAGUAGAUAGUGCAAAACCUAUUGAGGCAGGCAUGGUAAAAGAGACAGAAUCAAUGAAGCCUGAAAAUGUGGAUAAAGAGGAAAAUGUUCAAAAUCAGCUACAACAGAAUACAGUUCAAACGUCAGAAGAAACAGAAAAGGCAGAUACAGCAGUGUCAGACACAAAAUCUGAUAUCAAAACUCAAAAUGUAGAAAUUCAAAGACCUAAGAAGAUUGAAGAGAAAGUGAAGACAGAUGUUAAGUUGACAGAUUCUUCUAUGCAGACAAAGCCUGAUGUGAAGAUUUUGAGAAGGCCAGAUCUAAAGAAAAGGAUGGAGUCUGCUAAAAUUGAUACUAAGCUCAAAACUUCUCAAAAGCCAUCUAGGUCUUUGUCAACAGCAGUAAAAUCAGACAAAAUUAACAAAACCAAGUCUACUGAGUCAAAUAAGCUGUGCAAAGUAGUAAAAAGUAAACCAGAUGAAAAAGGGGAUCAGAUUAUGGCAACUGAAACAACACUCCAAAGUUUAGAUGAGAUGAAAUUGAAGAAAGAUAUGUUGGAUCUUCCAUUGAAUAAUACUUCCAAUUCAGAAGAUAAACAUAUUGAUUCUCCAAGUGAGGAUCAAAAGACGUAUGAUAUUGUGAGAAAAGUUGGUGUUCAGAGUGCUGAAAAAAGUACUUCUACUGAAGAAGAUUUUCCCAAGCUACCACCAAAGAAAUCCAAUGUUGUAAAAGUUCACCAAGAGUGUCAGACAGAAGAAGCUGAGGUUGAAAAAAAGCAAGCUCCUCCAAAGAAUCUCAAAGUGGAGAGUAAAUCUAACAAACCUGUGUCAACUAGGCCCCCUUAUUCAAUGGCACUCACAAAAAGUGCUUCUGCUAAGAUUGUUCCUCCUAAGCCUAAAGUUGAAACUACAAGUGUGAAAGCACCAUCAGACCGCUCCAGCACCUUAUCCAAGCGUCCUGUCAAACCAUUUUCAUCACUGAGACCAACAACCAGCACCACUUGCAAACCUAUAGAAAAAAACACAUUGGCUCGCAGCAGGACCGUAACUGACAUGAAAACCACUACAAACCGUACAUCAAAACAACUACCAUCUCAGAGAGCAGCUGUUAAACAGCAGAAUAGGCCACCAUUAUACAAAAGCAAGACUACAUUGCACAAAGAACACAUGCCAAAGUCGCUGUCUUUGGAUGAAUACAACUCUUCGGAAACGCUGGUUAAUCAAGAAAGGGGUUCAGGGUUGCCAUUGACAGCAGCGUCUACUAACAGUAUUGCCAGUUCUUCAGAAACACUGCAUAAUGAAGAUGUUAAGGGAGCUGAUGGUUGGUUAACAGUGAAAAGCAGGUCAAGGUUUAGAAGCAAUAGGCCUCGAAGGUCUGACACGUCCCUUCCGUGGUCUACCAGAUUCCAUCAACUCAGCGCAACUGCUAGUUUGCCAGCUUUGGCGCUCCUCCCAGAAAAUACGGAUUCGCCACAGAAACCGCAAAAAUCUAUAGACAAAAGCGUAAAAGAAAAUCUGAACACGUUGAAAUCACUGAAGACGUCCGAGAUUAACAAAAAUAAGAUGCUGCUUCAGAGAUCACACACAACUGUUAGUAAGAUCACAUUAAAGAAGCAUACUGUCAAAGACAAGAAUGAAGCUAAUUUGCAAAUCAAGAUGAAUGUUGAACAAGAGGAAAUGAAGCAGAAGGUGCUAGAUCAAGAAAUAAAAAAAUCCUUUGAUGUGGACAUCGAAAUGGAGGAAGAACUAAAACUACGUGAGCUGCAAGACGACAUCGCCUCUGAAGAGGAGCAUAUCCAGAAGGCGAAACAACUCUCUGAGGAGGAGGACCGUUUGACCAAGGAGAUCGAGCAUCUGCAGGGCCUGGAAAUUGAGGUGGACACGGAGACUGAUGGAACUGAGACUGGGGAUGAGUUGUUGGGUGAUGGAGACAAUGAAGACGAGGAUGGCGAUGAUUGCGUGGAGGAUAGUGGAGAGGAGAUGUCUUUGGAAGCGAGAUAUGAACCGAUGCUUGCAGGUAUGUCUUGGAGCGAUCGGAUGGAUACAUUGGCCGCUCUCGAAGAUCUGACGGCACGCAAGCCAGGUCGGGCACACUUUCUUCAUCAAAAACUGUCAAAGCCUGCGCGCAGGCGUAGUCUUGCUGAGGCCGUUCGUAGAUAUCAAGUGAAGCAAGCUCGGGCACAACAGAGGAGACAGGAACUACAAGCUGAGAAGGCAGCUAGACUUCAAGCUCUGUGGGCUCGCAUUGAGGAUGUGAAGGCUGCUAAGGAGCAACUCAUCGAGGAGAAGAGGAAACGAAUGGAAUUGAGGUUGCAGAAGGCAGCACAAAACAGAAAACAGCACAUCAAAGGUAUCAUAGCGAAGGCGCAUGACGAAGAAGAGAAAUUGAAGGAAAUUGCUUUUAUCAACGAGCUAGAAGCUCAGAAUAAGAGGCACGACUUUUUGCAAUCGUGCAAAGAACAAAAAGGUCGCAUCCAAGGAAUCCAAGAAGACAGAAAGAAGAGACAAAAAGAGAAGGCCGCGAAAGAAGCAGCCGUAGAAGAACGACGGAAAGCUUUGGAACGUGAACGCUUAGAACGAUUGGAUAGAUUGCAAGAUGAACGUAGACAGAGAGAUGAACGGAUUGGGCAGCAACAACAGCAGAGAGAGAAAGAGAGACAGGAAUUGGCUAGAGAAAAGGCCAGAGAUAGGGAGGAAAGGUUAUCAGCACUUCAUGAAAAACAAUUAGCGACAGCGCAAGAACUUCAGAAAAGGAUAGAGCAGAAACAGGAGGAAUCUAAGAGACGUCAUGACGAAAAUAUGGAGCAAAUACGACUGAGAGCAUUAGAAUUGUCUAUACAUCGAUGUCAGACGGAAGAUAAUCAAACACCCAACAUGGCUCCAUAUCUCACACAGAAACUGUGUACUGUUUGUAAUGUGCUGAUCAAUUCAGAAGUAUAUCUGAUGAGUCACCUGAAAGGUAGGAUGCACCAAGAUGCUGUGAAACAAGCAAACUUAGCACCAAACGACAUUGAAAAGUAUAAUCUGACGCAGAUCGUGGAGGCCCCAGUAGGUAAAGAAGAUCCCAAAGUUAUGGCAGCCAAGGAAAGGAUCAAGGCCCAUAGAAAGAGGUGCAAGAAGAUAAGGCAAAGAAUGGUUACCAAAGGUGCUGAAUAUGAGACGGCAUAUAAACCGAACAUAGUUGAUGGAUCCAACAAGCGAAGUCUGAAUAGAAGCAUAAACACAAUAGGAUCUAUCACCAACCAAGCUGUCCAGGGCUUAUCUCCAGCUACUAAUGGCCAACUUGAUAGGAUACUGAAUGAAUUGAACAGGUUGCUGUCUAAAGGUGCUAAGAAUGAUUUCGUGGCGUUCCAGAGCGUCGGCGGUUUUUCGGUUCUGGGAAAGCUGCUGAUGUUAGCGCAAGAUGGGAAUACUUCUAUAUCAACAAAAACAAUGAUUAUAUGCUGCAAUUUAUGGCAGGUCGCAUGCAAAGGGCCUGAAGGUGCUAGUAAUUGUGAAUAUGUGGUCUUGUCAAACAAGCUGAUGUCUGUGAUAGAUCUGUUGAACGCUAGAUUGCAGAAGUUGGACGACAUUGAAGGUGUACUUCCUACAGAGCCUUUGUGUACAGCAUUACUACAGCUGUUGGCUACUGUAUUGGAGAAUGUACCAAAGAAAACACCAUCAAAUAGAGUUCAUGAUGUUGUUAGUUUUUCAGUAUGCGUGGGAGUGGUCGAGCAACUAGCUCGAUGUUGUCUUGCCGUCCGAGGUCCCGUCCACGACAUACCUCCAGCCUGUUCGUUCCUUUUAGCAGCUUUAGAAUUUCUGACGGCGUUAGCUGGACACUGUCCUGAAGAAUCAGAUCCUACAAAUUUGGUCAGUACACUGCACGGUACUGAGUUACUCGGCUGUGUUUCUAUGCUGUAUGGAUCUCUUCUACCUCCUGACUCAACGCCAAGAGUAGAGGGACAUGCUUCACCGAUGAUUCCAUCUCCAUGUUUGAGUUUAACAACUGCAACAUUCAAGCUGCUGCGACGGGUGGCUGAACUAAAUCUUGAGAAAUUCCAGAUUGUCCUUGGUGCUGAAGGAAUUUCGCUUCAAUUCCGACACAUUUGUAGUCAUCUGCUCUGGUGCUGCGCAUCACCAACUAUUCCUAAAAGCCACGACAAGGAAGAUGCAAUCAUUGCAGCAGCUUACCAGGAGCUUUUGCACCAAGUGAUUAUAGUCGUGGGAUAUUUCGCUGCAGAGAACUUCGAAAAUCAGAUGCUACUUAUCAGUGGGCAACCACCAUCAGUGCUACAACAAUUGUGUUCCCUGCCGUUCCCGUAUUUUUCCGUAGAAUCACUCUCUUACGUACUGUAUCCCACAUUGUUGGCAUGUUGUGCAAAUAACGAACAGACCACGUCCAUACUCAAGAAAGAAUUAUCUUAUAGUAUUUUGGACGACUUUAGUAACUCCGAAGCUGGCAAGGAACAUCGCUUGGUGAAAAUGAUCGUGAAGAAGACGUGAAAAGGGAACUAAGCAUCUUUUUUGUUCACCAAAUUACUGAUCCUGCAAAAUGCACUUUACCUAUCAACUUUAAAAUUCUUCUUAAAGAUGAAUUUUAAUCUCAGUUUAUUGAAUUGUAUUCAUGUUUUCUGCUUUAUCUAGAAAUAAAUUAUGGAAUAUUAUUUUAUUUAAUCGUAUUGUUUCUGAUGGCUUUAAUUUUCUGCGAUUUUUAGUAGUGAUACUGAUGUUAAUUGGAAAUGAUAUUUUAAUAUAUUUACUCUGUAAUAACUAGC